UAAUGGGCGGGAGAAAAGCUGAUUUCUGUUCCCUUUAAUCCUUUUUGUUGCUUCAUAAUUUGCGAUAUACUGUAAUUUUAUAAAACUCAGAAACACGCACUCAAGGUGUUCGACGAAAUUCCGCAGAGAGGUUAUAUAACACUGUAGGAGAUGCCACUAGAACCGAUUAGGUUCUUGAGAACCAGCGCUGGCGUAAUUGUUGGCGGGUUUGUGAUCAUAAGCGCUGUUUCCUCAGCAGCUAUAGGAGCAUUUCGAUAUACAAUUGAAGAGAAACGGAAGAGAAACGGAUUGGCUUGUAGAGUUUGUCGUGGAAAAGGGUUUUACAUAUGCAAAUUAUGCAAAGGAAACGCAACGAUUAGAUGGUCACCGUUGUACGAUCCAGUUUGUAUCAAUCCAUGUCUUUGCCCUACUUGCGAUGGUCAAAGGAUACAACGAUGUCUCAACUGCUUAGGAAAGGAGUACUAUUAGGCAUCAAUUAGGCUUUAUGAUUUGAUCAUUUCUGUGCUUUUUGAAAC